CCCAUGCAGAGAGGCUCCCUGAACCUCUUGAGGCAGAAAUGGGAAUCCAGCGAUUACCAGAAAAGUGAGUGCUGUCCUGGAGGUAGCCGUUGCAGGAUCUUCCAAACACAAGACAGCAAAUUGCUUGAACCUGAAGGAGAGAUAACAGCCCCUGGAUGUCCAGAUCCCCCAAGUCAGCCCUGCACUGUAAGAGAAGAGAUGUUGAGUCCAGUUCCAGAGAAGGUACCUGAGGACAAAAUGGGCAGCUCACAGGGAUACAGCCAACCUGAAGUGCUGAAAGAGGAUUCUGUGAGCAGUCGUCGCAGGAUUGAGCGCUUCUCGAUUGCUCUUGAGGAGCUGAGGAGUGUGUUUGAAGCGCCUAGGAGUGGAAACAGGCCAGAGGGACCAGCUGAGUAUACCCGGAAGGAAGUGGAAAUUGAGCGAAGUUUGUGUUCACCCACAUUUAAGAGUCACCCUAGAAGCCAGUCGGAUGAUUCUGUGAAAGAUUCAGACAAGAAAGGCGGGGAAACAUCUUUUGACAAGAUGUCAUCUGAAUGUGGUCACAGUCGUAUCUUUGAAGCGACUGUUGUCCCUACUAAGUCUGUGAGUGGACCUGCAGAAGACAGUGCUGCGUGGAGCAAAGGUGUCUCAGACCUCCAAGAGGUACUCUCCUUGAAGGAACGCAUGGCAAGGUACCAGGCAACUGUUUCCAGGAGAGACUGCCCCAGCUUCUCUGCUAAUAUAAUGGAGGAAUCCGAAAUGUGCACAGUUCCUGGGGGUUUGGCCAGGGUGAAGAGACAAUUUGAAGAUGAAAUUGCUUCUUCCCGUAAUACCUUUUCUCAAUACCAGCACCAGCACCAGAACGGAUCUGAGCAGGAGGUAAUUGGUAGCAGCCAGGUCAACAUUUCAAGAAGUAGCCAGGAAAUGAAAGAAAAGGAACAAGAAGCUUCCAAAACACAUGACACUGAAGUGCUUGGAACAGAAAAGAUCUCUCAUCUAGAAAAGCACACCCAGGAAGUAAACCAAGUUGCUUCUCAUUUCCAUCAAUAUGUUCAAGAAACAGUCAUUGAUACACCUGAGGAUGAAGAGAUACCAAAGGUCUCCACUAAGCUUUUAAAGGAGCAAUUUGAAAAGUCUGCAGAGGAAAAGGUUCUUUGUUCUGACAGAGAGACAAUAAUCCCAGCCAAGCAGAUUAAGAUUGAAAAUGAAUAUGAAGAGACUUUAAAGCCAUCUUCAGUUGUUGGUACCUCUUCAACUUCUUGUUCUUCAACCAGCCAGAAAAAGGAAAUGGCAACUACAAGAUACAGUAAUCACAGUGUUACUGCCUCGACUUUGGCACAAGCUAAUGUCAGUUCUUCUGAACAAACAGAUGAAUUUCCUCCUCCCCCACUUGAUGUACUUCAAACUCCACUAGAUGUGACAGCAUUUUCCCAGUCCCCUGAAUUUCCUACUCCUGCUAGAAGACCACCAGUCCCCAAAGAAUUAUAUUGCAAGCAAAGAAAUUUGUAUGAAUUAAACCGUUUAUAUAAACACAUCCAUCCAGAGUUAAGAAAAAACUUAGAAAAAGAUUAUAUCAAUGAGGUUUCCGAAAUUGUUUCUAGUCAAGUGAAUACAGGAAGCUCAGUUUCAGCAGAUGUGCAACAAGCCCGAUCUGUUUUUGAAAAUACGAAUGACCAGUCUCAGAAAGUACUAAAUGCUGAAAGAGAACACAUGGAGUGGGAUGAAAUUCUGAAAGGGGAGGUUCAGUCUAUAAGAUGGGUCUUUGAAAAUCAGCCAUUAGAUUCUAUUAAUAAUGGCUCUCCAGAUGAAGAUGGCUUCCCUAAGGACAUUGCUGAUCAAGAAAUCAUAGCCGGUGGUGAUGUGAAGUAUACCACAUGGAUGUUUGAAACCCAACCCAUAGAUACACUAGGGGUUCGUUUUUCUGGCACAGAAGAAAAUGCUGAGAAAAUUCCUGAGCUAGCUAGAGGAGACGUACGCACAGUUCGAUGGAUGUUUGAAACAAAGCCUUUAGAUGCACUGAAUAAAAUGCAUCAAAGUCAAGAAGAAUCUGAAGUAAGUACCAUUAAGGACAUCACUGGGGGUGAUGUCAAGACUGUGAGAUACAUGUUUGAGACUCAACAUCUAGAUCAGCUUGGACAACUCCGUUCAGUGGAUGAGGCACACUUACUGCAACUCAGGUCUGAGCUCAAAGAAAUGAAAGGAAAUGUGAAGAGAAGUAUAAAAUGUUUCGAAACUCAGCCUUUAUAUGUCAUUAGAGAUGGUUUAGGUCAAAUGCUAGAAAUUAAAACUGUUCACAGAGAAGAUAUUGAAAAGGGCAAUGUGAUAACAGCACGUUGGAUGUUUGAAACACAGCCCUUGGACACAAUUAAUAAAGAUAUCACAGAAAUUAAGGUUGUCCGAGGAAUAUCCAUGGAAGAAAAUGUCAAAGGUGGGGUAAGUAGGGCAAAGUGGUUAUUUGAAACCCAACCUUUGGAGAAAAUCAAAGAAGAGACAGAAGAAGUAUUUACUGAAAAGGAAAUUAUAAUAGGCACGGAUGUGUCCAGAAAGUGUUGGAUGUUUGAAACCCAGCCAUUAGACAUUCUCAGAGAAGUACCUGAUACAGAUCCGCUCCCACCUGAGGAGAUAAUAGGUGGCGAUGUACAAGCUACUAAACAUCUAUUUGAAACACUUCCAUUAGAGGCUUUAAAAGAUAGUCCUAAUGUUGGAAAGCUUCAAAAAAUUACUGCCGCUGAAGAAGAAAAGGGGGAUGUUAGGCACCAGAAAUGGAUUUUUGAAACCCAACCCCUAGAAGAAAUUAGAGAAGACAAGAAAGAGUACACAAGAACAGUGAAGCUUGAAGAAGUUGACAGAGGCGAUGUAAGGAAUUAUACACAGAUUUUUGAAUCAGAAAAUUUAAUUAAACUUGAUACAUCACAUAAAAUAGAGGUGGAAGGAAUCACAAGAGGAGCUGUAGAGUUAAGUAAAUCUCUCUUUGAAACCAUGCCACUGUAUGCUAUUCAAGAUCACCUGGGAAAAUAUCAUCAAGUAAAAACUGUCCAGCAAGAAGAAAUCCUAAGAGGUGAUGUGAGAAGUUGUAGGUGGCUCUUUGAAACAAGGCCCAUUGACCAGUUUGAUGAAAGCAUUCAUAAGUUUCAGAUUAUUCGAGGAAUAUCUGCUCAAGAAAUACAGACUGGAAAUGUAAAAUCUGCUAAAUGGUUGUUUGAAACCCAACCCCUUGACUCAAUCAAAUAUUUUAGUAAUGUGGAAGAAAUGGAAAAUAAAACUGAAGAAGCUAAAGAUAUUGUUAAAGGGGAUGUCAAAACCUGCAGAUGGCUUUUUGAAACACAGCCAAUGGAGUCUCUUUAUGAAAAAGUUUCAUUAGCGACUGAUAGUGAAGAAAUUCACAAGGGAGAUGUCAAAACCUGUACUUGGCUUUUUGAAACUCAGCCACUUGAUACUAUAAAAGAUGAUUCUGAAGCAACAGUCAAAUUGCAAACUGUAAAACAGGAGGAGAUCCAAGGUGGAGAUGUUCGUACAGCGUGUAUUCUUUUUGAGACAGAAAAUUUGGACAGUAUACAAGGAGAAGGAGAGAAGGAAGUCAAGUCUGUGGAACUGGAUAUCCAAGCUGGUGAUGUUUCCAGUAUGCGGUAUAAAUUCGAAAAUCAGUCCUUAGAUUCCAUAAGUUCCAGUUCAGAGGAAGUUUUGAAAAAGAUCAAAACCCUGAAAACUGAAGAUAUUCAAAGAGGCAAUGUUUUAAACUGUAGAUGGCUUUUUGAAAACCAACCAAUUGAUAUGAUAAAAGAAAGCCAAGAAGAAGGUGAAUCAUUUAAGACUGUGAUAGACAUACAAGGUGGCAAUGUUAAAAAGGGGUGCUUUAUUUUUGAGACAUUUUCUCUAGAUAAGAUUAAAGAAGAAUGUGACCAUACCAGCCUUGAGGAAACAAGUGCUGAAGAAGUAAUAAAGGGUAAUGUGAAAAGCUACAGAAUGCUGUUUGAAACUCAGCCACUCUAUGCAAUCCAAGACCGUGAAGGGUACUAUCAUGAAGUGACAACAGUUAAAAAGGAAGAGGUAAUUCAUGGAGAUGUACGAGGAACCAGAUGGCUUUUUGAAACAAAACCAUUAGACUCAAUUAAUGAAUCUGAUACUGUAUAUAUUAUUAAAUCUGUCACACAAGAAGACAUUCAGAAAGGAGAUGUUAAUUCUGUCCGAUACAGAUUUGAAACACAGCCACUGGAUAAGAUUUCUGAAGAAUCACAUGAUAUUGUGCCUACCAUUGACUAUAUUCAAGGUGGGAAUGUAAAGACCAAUAAACUUUUAUUUGAGUCUGAAAAUGUGGAUAAAAAUACUUUUAUAAGAACAGUAAGUGUCAAUGAAAUACAGAAGGGGAAUGUUAAAACAUCUACUUGGCUAUUUGAAACCCACACUUUAGAUGAACUGAGAGGAGAAGGGUCUGAAUAUGAAAAUAUCAAGACAGUCACCCAGGAAGAGGUACUGAAAGGUGAUGUCAAACAGGCAGUAUGGCUUUUUGAAAAUCAACCUUUAGAUUCUAUUAAGGAAAUAAAUGAAAGCAUCACAAAAAUAAUUAAGGAAGAAAUCCCUUCUUCUGAUGUCAAGACAACUACAUGGCUCUUUGAAACAACACCACUCCAUGAGUUUAAUGAAAAUAGGGUAGAAAAGGUGGACAUAAUUGGAAAGAACAUUAAAGAAACCUUAAACGAGCUCUACUCUCAAAAAGUUAUUGAAGCUCCUGGAAUCAUCAUUGAAGCCGAUGAAGUUGGGGAUAUCCGAAUGGCAAAAUACAAGCUCAUGAAUCAAGCAGCUCCUGAGAUACAGAAAGAAGAAAUUAUCAAGGGUGAUCUCAGAAAUAUAAUGGCAAAUCUACUUUCUAGAAGAGACUGUACAAAAAGGGAGAUUUGGGUUAGCGAAGAAGAGAAGGGCAAUGUUAAUUUAACUAAAACUCAAUUAUUGAACAGAUCAACAGAAUUUCAUGCUGAGAAAGAAGAGGUAGUGAAAGGAGAUGUACAACAAGCAAUAAAAAACCUGUUUGCUGAAGAAAGAUCUGUCAAGAAAGGCAUUGUGAUUCAGGAAGAUGAAAGAGGAGAUAUUAACAUGACAAUCUAUUGUCUUUUUCAUGAAAAUGAAGGUGACACAUGUGAACAUGAAGAAGUGAUAGGUGGUGAUGUAAAACGUACCAUUCAUAAUUUGUUGUCUUCUACAACAAACAAUAUAAUAUCUGAAAGGGCUAAAAUUGAUGCCUCUGAAAGAGGAAAUGUUCGGUUAUUUACAACAUGCAUAGAGACUGGAGCUUUGGACUAUCUCAAACAACUCCAAACUAGGGCAAAUGAAACACUAACAGCUAGAAAGCAAGAGGAAGAAAUCACCAGUGGUGAUGCUGAGGGCACAAAACUACUACUAAAGAGAAAGCAGUCUCAGAUUGAACGUACUGUUAAUGAAACUGACAUCAUCCCAGAAGACGUGCGUAAUACAGUUAAGUGUUUUAUGACAGAGCCUCAAAGUGUACCUUGUAAGACAUCCAAAGAAGAAAUUAUAAAAGGUGAUUUGAAAUCAACCUUAAAUUCCCCCAGUCAGGUCAUAAAUCAGAAAACAGUGGCUAAGACAGAAGAAAUUGUAAAAGGUGACAUGCUGGCCACACUCAAGUCACUUGAAGAAUCAAGCCACCAGUGGACAGAAGCCAGACAGCCUAAUCCCAUUCCUGAUGAUAUUGAGCAGGCUAUUAACAGCCUUGAAAAAGCUGCAAUCACAAGGACUGAAAUCCUGAAAAAAGAGCUUAUGCGAGAUGACCUUGAGACGUCAUUAAGGUCUCUGAAAGAAGCACAAAGGCCUUUCAAAGAAGUCAAUAAAGGAGGUGUAAUCAAAGAAGAUGUGCAAGCUGUAAUGGUGGGAGUCUCGGAAGAGCAGAAAUCAGACACGCGCCAGGUGCAUAUCCACAGGGACAAAAAGAGUGUACUUCAGCCAAGACCAGGACCACUGGAGUCAGCAGUCAGGUGGCAAGGUGACAGAGACACAGUCAAACAAACUACUGGAAAAUGUUGUUAUGAUAGUUUAAUAGAAGAAAGGACUGAGAUUAAUCUUCCCAAAGCCCCCAAAGGUCCUGUAAAGAUUGUCGUAGACCGUGAACAGAACAAUGAUGCUCUUGAGAAAAGUCUUAGAAGGCUAUCUAAUUCACAGCACAAAGCUAUUGAAAAUGUUUUGGAAUUGAGGAAUAGAACAGGUGUCUGGACUGAUGCUGCAAAAGAACAGCAUCAGAAAGAUUUACAUAUGAGCCAACAAUUGACUUCAACUGUUUCUGUUAAGGAGAACCUAAACACUAAGGAAUCAGCAACAGUGGGAGGACUGAAGAAGGAAGAUGUCUUAAAUUCCACCCAGUCUACCGAUACAGCAGUUGGAGAACAUCAGACACAAACCUGUAAGUUGAGAAAUGACCACCAGAAGGCUGAGGUUUCCUAUAUAAAGAGCCCUAAAAUGAACAAAAAUGUGAAAAUAUCAACAGAAACAGCCAGCUCCAAGCCCAAUUCUACCCAGCGUCCAGUCAGCACGUCAGUUAGGGAAACUUGUGAAGCUGCGGAAGACUUUCAGAAGCAAAGGUUGUUAAAGCAAGAAAUGCAAUAUUCUUAUAAGGAUAUAAAGAAAAAUAACACAAACCUUCAAACAGUGUGGCAGCCUUUGCCUGCAGAUCAAGACAUAUCAAAUGUUAAAAAUUCUGAAAAAAUAAACAAUAAAUUUAAAGCAAACGACAAAAAGCAAAAGACUGAUGUCCACCUGAAAAGCCAGGACUUUCUAAUAAAGACACAUACUUCAACAGACUUAAAAAUGGCCAUGGAAAAGUCCUUUAAUCCAAUCAACUUUAACCCUGAGAAUAAUGUGAAAGAAAGUGAGAGCCCCCUGCCACCUCCAUCCCCACCUCCUCCUCCACCUUCCAAUGCAUCAUCUGAAAUAGAAUUUCCACUUCCUCCUCCACCUCCUUUAAUGUUACCUGACAAAAGCAUGUUUCCUUCUUUACUGACCACAGAGAAGAUAAAAGCUGAAUUUGAAAGCUUCCCAAGCCUCCCUCUUCCACCACCACCAGUAGAUGAGAAAUCUGAGGAAGAAUGCUUAUCAACAUUUCUACCCUCUCCACCGCCCCCAACUGUAUCUCAAAAAUGUCUUUCUUCUUCUAUUCAGGAAAAACACAGUGGUACAUUCAGUCAGCAGUAUUCCCAAGAAGAAGCCUCAAGUUCUGAGCAAACUCACUCUCAGACCAAAACCAUGACAGGAAAAUCUGGCAGACUUUUGCCACCUCCAACAUUACCCAAACCAAAAUUUUUCAAGCAGAAGCUGAUGGAAGACAAAAUGAAUCAUCAUUCCCAAAAAGAGGAAUCAGUCAACUCCCUGUCAAAUAUAAAAUGUAACAUUACUCCCCCAGAGAAUCAAAAGAGAGUAAUGAUACCUACUGGCACUGAGCACACAGAGACAAACCAGAACAUAUUUAGUAAAAGUCUCAAUGAAAGAAAACAUUCAUCUGUCAAGUCUACAACAUCUUUCUCACAAACAGUUCCAGAAAAUUCACCACCCAAGGAAAAACAGGUAGCACCUCUUCUGAAAUCUCAUUCAUUUCCAGUGGGCUCAGGACAACAAAAUCCAAAACCUUAUAUGAGAAAAUUUAAGACCCCUUUAAUGAUUGCUGAAGAAAAAUACAGACAGCAAAGAGAAGAGCUUGAAAAACAGAAACACGAGAGUUCUUGUUACAAAACAGUCAAAAGCGAAAGCCAAAAUCAAAACAUACUAGAGUUGGAAAAGGAAGUGCUAUUACAAAAAACAAAUGAGGAGUUUCCUUUACCUGAGAAGGGUUCAGAGACCAUGGUGGUUCCAUGUAAUUCCGAUUCUCCAAGUAAUGCUCCAAUAACAGUAGUUAGCACAGAUAGCCCAGUCUCUACAACACCAACUGUGUCAAUUGCUACCGAGAGGCUUCAACAUGUUUUAGCAGCUUCAGAAGAUAAAGAUAACAUUAAAAAAGAAGUUUUAGAGAACUCAAGGGACACUAUACCAUCUAAAUUAGCUUGUGAAUUAAAAGAGAGUCACCAAGAAUAUAGUACACAACAGAAGUAUCUGGAGCAACUGCACUUGCCCCCAAACAAGCCAGUUCCCCCAACUUUCAAAGUUAAAUCUAUCAAACUUCCAACUUUAGAUUCCAAAUUAAAUCAAGCAGACUACAGCUAUGGAAGCCAUGAAAAACAACACGAAGUUAAUGUUCAAACUGUUACUAAACAACAGUAUCACGAAAGUGAGAAAACUGAAGCAAGCACUGAAUGUAGUAGUGAGCAAACUGUGACUGAAAAAUAUUGUCAAUUACCUAAGAAGGCAAAAAGAGUGACAAUAAAAGUGCCCUCAGAGCCCCCGGGGAAGACCCAAGAAAGUAAGCUCAAUGAGAAGCAAAGAAAAUGGAUAGAAUCCGAGCGUUGGAAACUUUCAGGAAAUGAAGAAAAAAAUCAGGGGCCACCAGUGAUUGGUCCAAAAGAAGAAAGACCAAUAGUGGAGAGAACACAGAAACACUUGAAGAAUAAAUCAGAACCAAACGUAGUCAAGCAAAAGGUUAUUGAUGCACAUCAUGAUUCACAGACUCAGGAUUUUCAGCAAACACAAAUACAGGCUUCUGAAAGGAACAUUAAACAUAAAAAAUUGUCCCAGCCAAAUAAUAGUCUGCAAGAAGAAAAAUGUCUCAGAGUCAAGGGCAUGCAACAGAAGCAAGUCUUCUCUAAUACUAAAGAUUCAAAGCAAGAGAUUACACAGAACAAAUCUUUAUUUUCCUCUGUGAAAGAAUCUCAGCAGGAUGAUGGAAAAUGUACUGUAAAUAUAUUGGAAUUCUUGAGAAAACGUGAAGAACUACAGGAGAUUUUGUCGAGAGUGAAACAGUUUGAAGCAGAGCCAAAUAAAAAUGGUCUUAAAACAUUUCAGACACUACUAAAUAUUAUUCCAGUAUGGCUGAUAAGUGAAGAAAGAAGAUGCUAUGGUGUUCGCAUUGCCAUGGAGAAUAAUUUAGAAAAAAUUAAAGAAGAAAUAAUGCAUAUUAAAACUCAAGCAGAGGAUAUGCUUGUGUCCUGUGAGAAUAUAAUUCAAACAGCCAUGAUCUCCUCUAAAGCAGGAAAUCUGAGAAACAAACCUACUAGUAUUAAUGAAACAUCUAAAAUGUCUAAAGUCAGUGUCAGCCACAAGAAAAACACUGAGGAGAAAGAAAAUAAAAUCAUGGAAGAAAAAACAGCGCACCAUCAAAACACAACUCAUCAUGAAGCAAAAAUUGUUCACAGUCAUGUGAACACCCAUAAGGAAACUAAACUAGAUGACAGCAAAUUGUCUCCUUCCUGUUUAAAAACACGACCACAGUCGCCUACUUUUAUAACAAUUGAGUCUAUCGCACGACGGUCACAAACUCCAACAACGGAUGAGUUUUCACAGUCUCCUAAAAAGGAACAGUCUGCUGAACUACCACCACCAAGAGGGCCCGUAUCACAAGCAUCUAGAACCCGCAGAGCAAGCACAUCCCCAUCUCCACCCAGAAGUCGCUCUGAACAACUUGUCAAGCUCAAGGACACCACUGCAAAGUUAUCCAGAGGAAGCAUCCCAAGUCCAUCAGGAACCCCGGUUCCAAUGAUAGAGAAGCGGUCUGAGAUCAUCACGUCUCCUGCAACUCUGCGUCGUCAGAUUAAGAUAGAAACUCGUGGUAGGGACUCCCCAGCUACAAUCACGAUACCCGUAAGUGUCAAUCACGGUGCUCAUGGUUCAUUCAGAGAAUCUAUGGAAGCAAAAGAGGAAGUUAAGAAAGUCGAGAAAAGAACAACUUACAGUCACAAAGAUGGAACCGACUCCAUUCUACACAUGGUACCAGAUACAGAAUGUUUUGAUGCAGUAGAAAUCAUCCGCAAGGUCGAAGUGCCUCGGCUGUCAGGGCACACGCAGAGGUACGAAGCAGCCAACCGAACUGUUCAAAUGGCUGAAAAUUUCGUAAAUGCCCAUGAAAAUGAUAUAAACAAAUGGUUCAGAGAAUUUGAGAAUGACCCAGUUUUUGAAGCAAUGACAAAUAGAAAAGUUUAUGCAAAUGGAGAAGCAAACCAUAGUGUAAAGCAAGAAAGUCGUACAUUUUGUAAUGAGGAAUUUGGAUUAACAUCUCUAGAAAACUCAAGUUUCAGGGGGUUUUCUUGCAGAAAUCCCAGAGAACUGCAAGGAAAAAAUCCUUUUAAACAGCCGAGGAUAUGCUCCGAAACAAUGUCUCUAAGUGAGCAUUUCUCAGACAUGGAUGCAUUUGAAAGUACAAUUGGGCCUAAGACCGCAGCCUCUUCAUCACUUAGCUCAGAAACCAGCAAAUCUGGCUUUGACUUUAAGCAUGCCCCACCAACCUAUGAAGAUGUCAUCGCUGGGCAUAUUUUAGAUGUUUCUGAUUCACCUAAAGGACUCAAGAGGAAUUUUCAAAAUACAUGGCAGGAGAGUGAAAGAGUUUUUAAAAGCCUAGGAUAUGCAACUUCAGAUGCUUCUGCAGCUGAGAUGAGAAGCACCUUUCAAGAGGAAUCUGCAUUUAUAAGUGAAACUGCUGCUCCAAGACAAGGAAAUCUGCAUACUUUGUCAAAAGACAGUUUAUCCAAUGGAAUCCCUAGUAGCAGACAAGCAGCAUUUUCAUAA